CUAAAGACAGUCAUUUGGUCGUUCUUUCAAGUAUCAUUAAGACGUUUUAAUUUAAUGUCUGCUUGUCUUUGAACUUGGAUUCGAUAUAUCGCACGGAUACAAUCAUGAAAUAUAUUUUUGCACUUGUGCAAGUAUUGACCCUGAUUUGGUUGGUCGCCUUGGCAUUCCCGCAAAGAGACUGGUCAGGCAACGUCGUUGAUGACUCUAUAACAUUUAAUAAUAAUGAUGAAACGAACAGCAGCACGCCUAGUAGCACCACGCAAGGGACAAUAAAUAAUAAUACUAAUAAUAAUACUAAUAAUAAUACUAAUAAUUGUCCAUGUAUCGCGACUGCUGAAUACAAUCCGGUAUGCGGCACCGAUAACGUAACCUACUGGAAUAUAGGAAGAUUUAAUUGCGCGAAAAAUUGCAAUCCACAACUUGAGAUAAGAGUGAUCAGGGCUUGCGAACCAUACAGCCAGCUGAGCAGUAAUUAAAUACCAUGUGGUCUGCCAUCACUUCCAUAUGAUGAUAAACCUGAUACAUAUAGACUUAUAUACAACGUCCAUUAUAGGAAAUUUCUGAUAUGCGAUCGAAAACCAUUAAUUCUUAACCAUCAACAUUUCGCAAACUUCAUAUAUUAGUAAUGUUUUAUGUAUGUACUCCAUUACAUUUUGAACGUAUGCAUUUUUUACUUGUAAUUGCUAUUACGUUAUGUAAAAA